AUGGAUGGAGAGUCAUCUGAACUUGACGAGAGCAUUGUGAGAUUAAAUCACAGGAAGAAAAAACCGGGUCGGUCCCGCAACAAUCGACGAUUUCAUCCUUAUGGGAGUUCUUAUGUUGAUUCCCCGCUCAAAUUUCUGAGGCGACCUACUGAUCCGAAUGUUCGGUCGCUCUCAGCAGCAGAUUCUGGCAGCGAGGAUCAGCAGGACGAUAGCACGCUUUCUUCUCUUGCGGACAGUGUACUAUUUGAGAGCGACUCGAACGACGGGCCCUCUCAUCUAGACGACCAUAGCGAUACAGCAGAGUCCCACGAGCUGGGGUCUUCUUCCAAUCCCAUCGACCUGGCUAGUCUCCUUAUUAAUUCCCAGACGCCACCUGGCAAGAGCGUCGCCGGCAAGACCGUUUCACGGUUUAAAGUUGCCCCUCAGCCCGAUUUUGGCAAUAAAAAGUCAAAAAGAGGUGGGCCACAGUCUGCGAAAGCUCCGGUCACCCCAAACGUGAUCCAGCCUCGGCAACGCUCUCACUCAGAUCUCAUCAGCCCCAACCCAGCAGAGCCCAAGGCAGCAGCAUCCCGGAAUCACAGCAAUCAAAACCACACAGAUUCUCAAGGCACAAAUCCCCCCAAAGAAAACAAGAUCACACCCCGAGUCCCUCCCCACAACCACCCAAGGACGACCGUUACCAAUAUCUCAUCUCGAUCUGCUCCACAGCAGAAUCGCACCAGCCAACCGGACACUUUACCCCCUAUGACCCCCCAAAAGCGACCCCCAACCCAACCCGUUCCUCACGACCGUCCCACCCAGCAACGCCGGCUCAUGCCCCCCCCUCCCGCAGCACCAUCCACUAUCGGACCCAGCAGCCCAUCUACCCACGUGCCCCGGCCCCCUCAAAACAACCAAAUGGACCUCUCCCUCCAACUCCAAACCGCCCUCUCCACCACCGCCCUCCCCUUCCCCUCCCUCCCCUUCCUAACCCGCCUGGUCCAAUCCCGCAAACCCCCUCCCCCCUUCCCCUCUUUAUUAGCAACCACCCGCGCGAGAAUAUUAUCCUCAGACAUCACCACCGACAUGCUCGACCCAGCCUACAUCAAUUCCCACUCCCUCCCCCCUGAGAUAUCCAACCCUCUCACAAAAUCUGCCACCUUGCCUCACGACGUGGUGGUUCAAGUGUUGGACAUCAUCAACAUCUCCAAGUCAAAGUGGGAGCAAGUGGAGGAGUUGGAAGCCAAGGCUCGGGGGGAGGAGAAGAGGGGGAGGGAGGUUGUCAGGUUACCUACCGCGAGGGGGGAUGGGGAGGUUGAUCAAGGGACGCAGGCGGGAACACAGUUCCAGACGCAGCAAAGGGGAGAAGGGAAAGCAACGCAUAGAAUUCUUUUUCAGGAUCCAAAAGGGGGAAAGAUUUACGGGCUGGAAUUGGUCAGGGUGGAGAAGCUUGGUGUGGGGAAGACGAAUAUGGGGGAGAAGUGGCUAUUGAAAAAGGGAACGAGCGUGAGCAGGGGGGUGGUGAUGCUCGAGCCGGGGAGGUGUGAGUGUUUGGGUGGGAAGGUGGAGGUUUGGAAUCGGGCGUGGAAUGAAGGGCGGUUGGAGAGGUUGAGAGGGGAGGCGACUGGGGAGGGCACUGGUUAGGAUCGGAGUUCAAAAGGGGUGGGGGAGAAAGGGGGGGGUUGUUGGUACUGCAGCUCAGUACAAUGUGUAGUAGCCGUUGAUUUAUAUCCUUUCAAAAGGGGAACUAGGCAUAUCAAGUAUAUUUUGGGGUUUAUCAGCCAUCUAGCUAUCUUUCAAGGUCUAUUAGCUACUUCUAAAAGAAUUUCGAGCAUCUUUAAAGGCUUAUUGACCAUCCUUUGAGGCAUAGUUUAGGGUACUAUCAUACGUCAGCUUACCUUGCAGUGCCAGUUACUUUUUGUCCACAGCGUAGCGAGGUCAUUGUUUUGCUGAGGGUGUAGCAUCGAAAGAGUGAAGAGUAAGGUGAAAGUGAAGGAGAGUGAUAUGGGAGGCACUGAUGGCUGCUGAACCUGCGGUUGCUGCAGCUCCGCCCCUCCACCUCCUUCAGCUCCUCCUCCAACUGUCCCUUGAGGACAUCCCUCAAGAAAGCCCUCUCCGAAUUACUGUGAAACACACUGAUCACCGCCUUCCCCUCCAUGACAAGCUUGAGCGCAGGAUGGUGCGACAUCUCGCCGGUAACAAUCAGAUCAGCGUCCUUGACACCGGCCAGUACGCUCUCCCCGCUCCCUGGGCAGACAGCCACUGUCUUGACCAUGAACUGCCCUUCUGAUUUGGGGCGGGCGACCAUGACGUGUUUUAGGCCGCCGAGGCCUUUGGCGUAGAGUUUUACUAGUUCUCCAAGGCCGGCUGGUUUGGAGAGUUGGACUUUUCGGCCGUAACCAGCGCCGGCGAAUUUCUCGGGGAGGGAGGAGGCGUCGACUGGGGUUACGGUGGAGAUGGUGGUGGUGCGGUCUGGGAGGGAGGAGAGCAUCUGGGCGAGCCAGUCGGCCAUGCCGCCUGGGGCGGCGUCGAUUGCUGUAUGGGGGGAGUAAACGGCGAUGUUGUGUUGGGCCAGCAGCAAAAUAAUGCGCUGUUGGGGGUCGGCCAGGGUGAUGGACUUGAGGCCGCGGAAGAUGAAAGGGUGGUAGGAGACUAUUACAGAGGCUUUGCGGGAAAUGGCCUCUUGGGCG